GUUUACUACAAAUAUUUGUAUUUGUAUUUAUUGCAGUUGUAUAAAUAUAAAUAAACAUUUGGAAACGAUACAAUAAAACAGUUUUGUAAUAUAAUAUGUAUCCUUUGCGAGCAUUAACUGAUUCUAAAACUUCAGAAUGUCCACGAAAUCUUUAUGAAAUGAGCAAUGAAAGUAUGGUUUUUCAACAAAAUGAUUUGUUUCCUUCUGCCUUCCCUGCAAUGGAAGAAAUUCGAAGACAGGGGAAACUUUGCGAUGUUGUUUUAAAGGUUGAUGAUCAAGCCUUUAGUGCCCACAAAAUUGUUCUUGCAGCAACAAUUCCUUACUUUCAUGCAAUGUUUACCAAUGAUAUGGUUGAAAGUCGACAGCAUGAGAUAAAAAUGCAAAGCAUUGAUGCAAAUUCCCUUGAAGCAUUAAUAAACUUUGCAUAUUCUGGAAGAAUUGUUUUAGACAAAAACAAUGUACAAAGUAUAAUGUUGGGUGCUUCAUAUUUGCACCUCACUAAAGUCAGAGAUGCUUGUGCCAACUAUCUUUUGCAAAGACUUCACCCUCAUAAUGCUCUUGGAAUAAGGCAGUUUGCUGAUACAUUGGGCUGUUCAAAUUUAGUAGAAUCUGCUGACAAAUACAUUGAGCAGUGUUUUCAUGAAGUGUCUCUUUCAGAUGAAUAUUUAAAUUUACCAAUGGAAGAUGUAAAAAACUUACUAAAUAGAAAUGAACUAAGAGUUGAAAGUGAAGAACAAGUUUUUGAAGCCUGCAUGAGAUGGGUAAAACACAGUGAAAACAGAACUGCAAACUUACCAGUUCUUUUAGCACAGGUUCGAUUGCCACUCUUGUCACCUCUUUAUUUAACAGAUCGUGUUGCCACAGAAGAACUGAUAAGGACAUCUCAUCAGUGCAGAGAUCUUUUGGAUGAAGCCAGAGUUUUUCAUCUUAUACCAGAGCGCAGGCCACUCUUACAAAGUUUCAGGACUAAACCGCGAGCUUGUGAAGUACGUGGCCAUAUUUACGUGGUUGGAGGAUUAAAUAAACAUGGGGAUUCUUUAAGCACUGUAGAGUAUUAUGAUCCGAAACUAAACGCGUGGCAAUCGGCGCCCGCCAUGUCUACGAUGCGUUCGCGUUUAGGAGUGGCUGUUUUAAGGGGUAUGCUAUACGCUUUUGGGGGUUACAAUGGUAAAGAUCGACUGGCUAGCGUAGAAGUUUACGACUGCAUGAAGAAGGAGUGGUCUACUGUUGCUCCCAUGCAAUGUAAACGAAGUGCUCUUGGGGCAACAGCGCUGGGAGACUGGAUCUAUGUGUGCGGGGGUUACGACGGUGUAUCGUCUUUGAAUUCAGUAGAACGGUACCACCCCCAGAUAAACACAUGGUGUACCCUAGCUCCCAUGAACAAGUCGAGGAGUGCGGGAGCAGUAAUUGCCUGCCAAGGUUACAUAUAUGCCCUGGGGGGUCACGAUGGCCUCUCUAUAUUCGAUUCAGUGGAGCGAUACGACCCCAACACGAACACAUGGACUGAAGCUACCCCCAUGUUAACUAAAAGGUGUCGACUUGGAGUAGCAAUGUUGGGAGGUAAAUUAUACGCAUGUGGCGGAUACGACGGGGCUUCCUUCUUACAAACCGUCGAAGUGUUUGAUCCGAAUACCAAUAAAUGGUCGUACGUUGCUUCCAUGAACGCUCAUAGAAGCAGAGUAGCUCUGACUGCCAACAUGGGUAAAUUAUGGGCAGUGGGCGGAUAUGAUGGAUUCUCUAAUCUGGUAUCAGUCGAAGUAUAUGACCCAGUAACGGACACAUGGACGUUUGCAGCCCCUAUGGUGGCGCAUGAGGGUGGAGUUGGUUUGGGAGUCAUUUCGAUACCGUAAAUUAACAAAAACAUUAUAUAUAACAAAGAUGUUGCUGUGAAACUUGUCUUAUUUAUUUAUCCUUUUUUAUUUUUUUUUUAAUUACGUUGUAUUUUUUGCUCUGUAAAUAAAGAGAACUUGUAAUU